AUGAGGGCCAAAUGGGUUUCAAGGCUUCUGCUCCUUGGGCUGGUGGAGGCUCGAGACUAUAGUAUGGAGGGAUCCGUGAUCGCCGCCGUUGGCAGGGCACUAGGUCCUCCGAGCAUGGAGUCGGUUUCCCCUCACGAUGCCGGCGGAGAGGACACUGGCUUGUUUCAGGCACCGCCAUGGAACAGUCGCCGACUUCCCCGUGAUGAUUGGACUGUGACUUGCGACAGCGACCACGAUGGAAACGAAUGCACCAAAGCCAUCGACGGCGACAACACUACCUACUGGUCUAGCGAUUAUAACAGAACCGCUAAUGCGCCGCCACCGCAUAGUAUUACCAUUGACCUGAAGAUCACGCAAAACGUCAGCGCAGUGGAGAUAUGGCCGCCUCAGGAUGGGGGCCAGAAUGGAUGGAUUGCGCGACACGAGGUCUACGUCAGCACGGACGCCCAGAGCUGGGGAUCUCCCGUUGCCUACGGCACUUGGUGGCCAGAUAAUACCGUGAAGCUGGCCGUCUUCGAGCCUCGGGCGGUGCAAUAUGUGCGUUUCGUCGCCCUUUCAGAGGCAAAUGGCAACCCAUGGACCUAUAUCGCCGAGUUGGAGAUCUGGGCCGCCGCCGAUAUUCCUGCGACACCACAAGGCCAGACUCUAGGCCAGACCGGGGUCUGGGGACCUACCAUUGACUUUCCCAUUGUUCCGGUGUCAGCAGCCGUCGAGCCCAGCACCGGCAAAGUGCUCGUCUGGUCCUCGUACCGCAAGGAUCAAUAUGGAGGCAGCGGAGGAGGGACAACCCAAACUUCCACCUGGGACCCGGUCAGCGGCGAGGUCACACUCCGGGAGGUCUCGGAGACAAAGCAUGAUAUGUUUUGUCCAGGCAUCUCAAUGGAUAUGGACGGCCGCAUCAUCGUGACUGGGGGAAACGACGACACGAAGACCAGUAUCUACGAUCCUUUCUCCGAUGCAUGGAUCCGGGCCGCACCGAUGACCAUGGCCCGUGGGUAUCAAUCAUCGACUAUCCUAUCCGACGGCAACAUGUUUGUGAUCGGAGGCUCCUGGAGUGGUGGUGAGGACGACAACAAAAAUGGCGAGAUUUACGACGUGGGCGCCAACUCCUGGAAAGAUCUUCCAAAUGCCGCCGCGACUCCCAUGUUGACCAACGACCGGCUGGGCGCAUAUCAUGCCGACAACCACGGCUGGCUCUUUGGCUGGAAGAAUCGCUCUGUCUACCAGGCAGGCCCGAGUCGUGCCAUGCACUGGUACUUCGUGGAGGACGAAGGCGACGUGACUGAGGCCGGAGACCGAGGCACCGACUACGACCAAAUGUCAGGCAGUGCGGUCAUGUUCGACGCCGUGAACGGCAAGAUUCUGACAGCUGGAGGAUCUCAUGACUACGAGGAUUCCGACGGCUCGAGAAAUGCCUCAAUCAUUACCAUUGGAGACCCCAACACGCCUGGCCAGGUGGUCAAGGCUGGCAACGACAUGCAUUACGACCGAGUAUUCCACACUUCAGUCGUGCUGCCCGAUGGCAGUGUCUUCCUCACCGGCGGCCAAAUUCACAGCCUUCCCUUCGUCGAGAAAGACCCGGUCCUGACCCCUGAACGGUAUAUCCCCUCGGGAGACCAAUUCGUGGAGCAGUUCCCGAACAACAUCGUCCGUGUCUACCACAGCUGGUCCGUCCUGCUUCCAGAUGGCACCGUCUUGAAUGGCGGCGGCGGCCUUUGUGCCGACUGCGCAGCAAAUCAUUACGAUGCCCAGCUCUUUACGCCUGCGUAUCUGUUUGAUGCUGACGGGAACCGAGCAACGCGCCCGGAGAUCACAAGCGUCACGCCCACGAGCCUGAGAUACGGAGGGACCAUCACCAUUCAAGCCGACUCCAACAUCUCUAGCGCCUCGCUGGUCCGUUACGGCACCACGACCCAUACGGUGAACACCGACCAGCGUCGAAUUGAACUGCAGCUCAACAAUUCGGGGGACCAGACCUAUACGGCGGAGAUCCCCAAUGAUCCUGGCAUUGCCCUUCCGGGAUAUUAUAUGCUGUUCAUUUUCAACGAAAACGGCGUGCCGAGUGUGUCAAAGAACGUUCAAGUAACCCUGUAAUGUGGUGGGUGGAUAAAAUACGCUUGGUACUUGAAAUCAAUGAUCGUUAAUGUCACGGUCUUAUUGUGUCUUUGAUGGGAAUCAUUUCCAAAUCAUGUAUU